AGUAAGUCUUGCGUCGUAAAUUUCAUUUCCACACGGACAAUAAUAACAGGAGAACAAAGAUGGCGACGUCCCUGCUCAGGUUAGGUCGACUUGGAGCUGUCAAGUGUCUCCUGCGUGAGGGCUGGAGCACUCCUAAGGCUCCAUUUGUUGCAGCACUGUGCACUAAAGGCGAUGUUCCACCCAAAACUCCAAAAAAGGCAAAGGCUUCAAGUAAGACCAUAGAGGCCGAUGAGCGGGCCUCUCUUCUAGCCUACAAGCCUGCUGUUGCCUUCCCUUCUAAGCUGUCUGCCGCAGGAUUUCUUCUCAAAGACGUAGCUUUAGAUAAGUCUGAAACGGCUGAGGCGGUUUCCACAGAUGAGACGACAACUGACAGUCCUGUUGCUGCAACGGCAGCGGCUGACAUUUCUGUAGAAGAGGCAAAGAUCACGGUCCCACCUACCGAUGAAGCCACUACAGAAAUUGGAGAAAGUAAGACCUCGGAUGUUAAGGCUGAAGGACAGAAAGAUCAAGAAGAUACGUCUUCCUCAUCCUCCAGUGAUUCUGAUUCAGACUCUGAUUCUGAUGAUGAGAAACCAAAGACUGAAACACCGGUGCAUUCUGGAGAGAAAGCAGCAGAAGAGGAGAAAGCUCCUGGUCUGACAACUGAAGAAGUAGGUGUUCCAGAUAAAUCAAACCCUGAAACUACGGCAUUUAGAAAAGCUCAAGAAAGUGCUGAAACUGUGACUAAAGCAACACCAGAAGAGGUUCCUGCUCCAAGUGCUAAGCCAGUUGGAUCAGUGGAGACCCUUAUUGAUCCUGCCCCUGUGAUAUCCUCCACAUCUGAAGCAGUUCAUGAAGUUCCCAGUGAAUCCAUUACUGUUGCCACUUCUGACAAUUUAUUGGACUCUGCAGCAGAAAUUAAAAUGGCUCCUACGGAGGAGAUUGCGGUUGAAAAGGAACCAGAAAUUAAAGUUGAAAAGGAACCAGGCAUUAAAGUUGAAAAGGAACCAGGCAUUAAAGUUGAAAAGGAACCAGAAAUUAAAGUUGAAAAGGAACCAGAAAUUAAAGUUGAAAAGGAACCAGAAAUUAAAGUUGAAAAGGAACCAGAAAUUAAAGUUGAAAAGGAACCAGAGAUCAAGGUUGAAGAGGCUGUCAAAGUUUCUGCAGAAGUUCUCCCAGAAGUCACUACAGAAGCCAGGUCUGAAGACGUAGCUGACACCACUGUUGACGCUGGUCCUGAAGGAUCAUCCGGGGCUCCUGGAGAUGUUCCUGCACCCAAAGCUGAGGCAGGAACACUGAGCGCUGAAGGAACCCCUUCAGAGGAGCUGGUGGACCCUGCACCGGUGGCCGCUGAUGCCGUCGAGCCUCUGACUGAGACGGACGUUGUGGAAACACCUGAGGAACAAGCCGCAGCGAAAGUCCCGGAGCCAGAGCCCUUUGACAACACCACGUACAAGAACCUGCAACACCAUGAGUACGACAUGUACACCUUUGCUGAUCUGGAUGUAGAGAUGUCUAAACACCGUCUGCCACAGCCUUCCGCACACCGGCACUGAGUCUCCAUCGCAUGGCCUGUAUCACUGUCCAUCAUCUUCCUUUGUCCUUCAGAUGAUUUGCUGAGAAAUCUCUAAGCUUUAUGCUAGACUUCUAUAAUUGGAAUUAAAACAGAUAAUCUAACUU